AGCCGUUCUUCCGCUUCCGGCUGCCCCGCACAGCCGCAGCCCACGCCGCUGGGCUGGAGCCCCGCCGCGCUGCCAUGGCGCCGAGGCGGCGCCGGGGCCUGGCCGCGGCGGGCUCCCUGCUGCCGCUGCUCUGCGCCCUGCUCCGCGCCGCCGCCGACACCGGCACCGGCCGGGGUUGGUUAAAAACUUACGGCUACUUACUUCCAUCUGACAGCCAAAUGUCUGCCUUGCAGUCGGGAAAAGCUGUGCAGUCUGCAGUUGCUACUAUGCAACAGUUUUAUGGGAUCCCAGUAACAGGAGUUUUGGACCAGACAACUAUUGAGUGGAUGAAGAAACCUCGAUGUGGAGUUCCAGAUCAUCCCCACCUGCGCCACAGCCGGAGGAAAAAGCGGUACGCACUAACUGGACAAAAGUGGAGACAGAAGCAUAUAACCUACAGUGUACACAACUAUACCCCCAAGGUUGGAGAGAUUGAUACAAGGAGAGCCAUUCGUCAGGCAUUUGAUGUUUGGCAGAGAGUGACACCACUUACCUUUGAAGAGGUCCCUUACCAUGAAAUUAAAAAUGACAGAAAGGAGGCAGAUAUUAUGAUAUUUUUUGCUUCUGGUUUCCAUGGAGACAGCUCUCCAUUUGAUGGAGAAGGUGGAUUCCUAGCUCACGCUUACUUUCCUGGACCAGGAAUAGGAGGAGAUACUCACUUUGAUUCAGAUGAGCCAUGGACCCUGGGAAAUUCUAAUCAUGAUGGGAACGAUCUCUUCCUGGUCGCGGUCCAUGAGCUGGGUCACGCGCUGGGACUGGAACACUCCAAUGAUCCCAGUGCUAUCAUGGCUCCUUUCUACCAGUACAUGGAAACACACAACUUCAAACUGCCCCAGGAUGACCUCCAAGGAAUUCAGAAAAUCUAUGGUCCUCCUGUGGAGCCCCUGGAGCCAACCAGGCCUUUACCGACUCUUCCUGUUCGCAGAAUUCACUCCACUUCGGAAAGAAAACAUGAGAGACAGCCAAGACCUCCCAGUCCUCCUCUGGGUGAUAGGCCAUCUCCUCCUGGCACAAAACCAAACAUCUGUGAUGGCAACUUCAACACCGUUGCUCUCUUUAGAGGAGAAAUGUUUGUUUUCAAGGAUCGCUGGUUCUGGCGUCUGCGCAACAACCGAGUGCAGGAGGGAUAUCCCAUGCAAAUUGAGCAGUUCUGGAAAGGCCUCCCUGCAAAGAUCGACGCGGCCUAUGAGCGGUCUGAUGGAAAAUUCGUUUUCUUCAAAGGAGAUAAAUACUGGGUUUUUAAAGAAGUGACAGCAGAGCCGGGCUACCCACACAGUCUGGUGGACCUGGGAAGCUGUCUGCCCCGGGAAGGCAUCGACACGGCUCUGCGUUGGGAGCCGGUGGGCAAAACCUACUUCUUCAAAGGCGACAGGUACUGGAGGUACAACGAGGACAAGAGAGCAACAGAUCCAGGAUACCCAAAGCCCAUCACUGUGUGGAGAGGAAUCCCCAAGGCUCCGCAGGGAGCUUUCAUCAGCAAAGAAGGCUUUUAUACCUACUUUUAUAAAGGGAAGGAGUAUUGGAAGUUCGAUAACCAGAGGCUGAGUGUGGAGCCAGGCUACCCCAGGUCAAUCCUCAAAGACUGGAUGGGCUGUAACCAGAAGGAUGUUGAACGAAGCAAAGACAGACGCCUCCCCCACGACGAUGUGGAUAUUAUGGUGACAAUAAACGAUGUGCCUAGCACUGUAAAUGCGAUCGCAGUUGUGAUCCCUUGCAUUUUGUCUCUGUGUAUCCUUGUCUUGGUAUACACGAUCUUCCAGUUUAAAAACAAAGAGGUGCAGCAGAAUGUUGUGUAUUACAAAAGACCUGUCCAGGAAUGGGUAUGACACAGCCCGCUGCACACCUCAACUCAUUGAUCUGAUGAGGACUAUGGACAAAAAAAAAAGAAAA